AAACCUGGUGGAAUUAUUGCUCUGCUGGAUGAGGCCUGCAUGUUCCCAAGGUCGACACAUGAGACCUUCGCUGAAAAGCUUUAUCAGACCUUCUGAGACAACAAACGCUUCAACAAGCCAAAGCUAUCACGGACUGACUUCACUAUUGUCCAUUAUGCUGGUGAGGUCACAUACCAAACUGAGUUAUUCUUGGAUAAGAACAAAGACUAUGUCAUUGC